AUGUCGAAAAUAUUUACUCCUACUAACCAAAUUCGUCUUACAAAUGUAGCGAUUGUAAGGCUAAAGAAAGGUGGAAAGAGGUUUGAAAUUGCAUGUUACAGAAAUAAAGUUGUAUCUUGGAGGAAUAAACUAGAAAAGGAUAUAGACGAAGUGCUUCAAACACAUACAGUGUUUACAAAUGUUUCUAAGGGGCAAGUAGCAAAGAAGGAGGACUUAGUUAAAAUUUUUGAAAUU